CUGAUGUUGCCCUCUACUGGCGCGCUCCGCAGUCACGUGAUCGCUGGCACUCCUUUACCUGGCGCUGCGUGACGUCACCGCGCAGGAAACGGAACUGGCGAUCGAGGUGAGUCCACAAGUCUCCGCUAAAUACAGGAAUGUCACUAAACCUACUUUAAACUGGUUUGCCCUUAUUGAGCCGGAUCCGGUGAUUUAUAAGCGUUGAGUAUGUCUGCGUCAGCCGUGUUCGUGCUGGAUCUGAAGGGGAAGGUGCUGAUAUGCCGCAACUACAAAGGCGAUGUUGACAUGUCAGAGAUCGACCACUUCUUCACCCUGCUAAUGCAACAGGAAGAGGAGGGGCUUGUCUGCCCAGUGAUGUCACACGGCAACGUCCACUUCCUGUGGAUCAAACACAGCAAUCUCUACUUGGUGGCCACCACCAACAAGAACUCCAAUGCGUCUCUGGUCUACGCCUUCCUGUACAAGCUGGUGGAGGUGUUCACGGAGUACUUCAAGGAGCUGGAGGAAGAGAGCAUCCAGGAUAACUUCGUGGUGGUGUACGAGCUGCUGGACGAGCUCAUGGACUUCGGUUUCCCGCAGACGACAGACAGCAAGAUCCUUCAGGAGUACAUCACGCAGAAGGGGAACAAGCUGGAGGUGGCCAAGACCAAAGUGCCCACCACCGUCACCAACGCCGUGUCCUGGAGAUCCGAGGGCAUCAAAUACAAGAAGAACGAGGUCUUCAUCGACGUGAUCGAGUCCAUUAACGUGCUGGUGAACGCUAACGGCAGCGUGAUGAGCAGCGAUAUCGUGGGCAGCAUCAAACUCAAGACGAUGCUCUCAGGAAUGCCGGAGCUCCGGUUGGGCCUCAACGACCGCAUGCUGUUCGCCCUCACCGGCCGAGAUAAAGGGAAGUCUGUGGCUAUGGAGGAUGUGAAGUUUCAUCAGUGUGUUCGUCUGUCACGGUUCGAGAGCGACAGAACCAUCUCCUUCAUCCCGCCUGACGGAGAGUCUGAGCUCAUGUCGUACCGGAUCAACACACACGUGAAGCCGCUCAUUUGGAUCGAGUCUGUUAUUGAGAAGUUCUCUCACAGUCGGGUGGAGAUCAUGGUGAAGGCUAAAGGCCAGUUUAAAAAGCAGUCCGUGGCCAAUAAUGUGGAGAUCCACGUGCCGGUGCCGAGCGAUGCCGACUCUCCCAAGUUCAAAGCCAGCACAGGUCACGCUAAAUACGUUCCUGAGAAGAACCUGGUGGUGUGGAGCAUUAAAUCGUUCCCGGGUGGAAAGGAGUUUCUGAUGCGCGCUCACUUCGGUCUGCCGAGUGUAGAGAAUCACGAGCUGGAGGGAAGGCCUCCGAUCACCGUCAAGUUUGAGAUCCCGUACUUCACUGUGUCCGGCAUACAGGUGCGAUACAUGAAGAUCAUUGAGAAGAGCGGCUAUCAGGCGCUGCCGUGGGUCCGCUACAUCACACAGAGCGGAGAUUACCAGCUGAGGACAAACAGCUAAUGAGACGCAUGAGGACUGCACAGCACGUUUUUGGAGGAAGUUUAUGAAAUGUUUUAGUCGAUUUUAUCCUGCCAGAAUUUCAUUAGAAAAAAAGAUUAUUGUAUAAAUUGUUGGUUGAAUGUAAGCAGACUCAGCAUUUCAAUCACAAUGUAUUUUCAAGUGCUUUUUGCACCAAAUCAUGGAAUAUGUUGUCAAUAAUUUCUGUUUAAUAAUAAACUAAUAUAUUUGUCCUGAAA